AUGUUGGGCCUUUUCGUGUGGAUGGCCAGGGAGAAAAAGGUGUACUUUCCUGAUGUGGAGAGAGCAGAAUGGCUGAACAAGAUCCUAGCCCAGCUGUGGCCGUAUGUAGGCAGGUAUGUGGAGGACAUCUUAAGGACCUCGGUGGAACCGGUGGUGAAAGACUCACACGAGAUGCUGAAGUCAUUCCAGUUCAGCAACAUCAUGCUCGGGGACAUGCCCCCCAGAGUAGGCGGGAUCCAGGUCUACACAGAGCAUGUGCACAGGAAUGAGAUUAUCCUGGACAUGGAGAUCAUACCUGAGAUUGAUUUCAACCUGACCAAUCUGGCUGACGUGUUUGACUUCCCAGGACUCAGUUCCCUGUUGAAAGGAAUAGUAGCAGACCAGGUUGCUAACUUCAUGGUUCUGAGUGAGUGA